AUGUCCUUGAAACCACGAGUAGUUGACUUUGAUGAAACAUGGAACAAACUUCUAACAACAAUUAAAGCUGUUGUUAUGUUGGAUUAUGUUGAAAGAGCAACAUGGAAUGAUCGCUUCUCAGACAUUUACGCUUUGUGUGUGGCCUAUCCUGAACCUCUUGGAGAGAGACUUUAUACUGAGACUAAAAUUUUUUUGGAAAAUCACGUACGCCAUUUGCACAAGAGAGUUCUGGAAGCUGAAGAACAAGUACUGGUUAUGUAUCACAGAUACUGGGAAGAGUAUAGCAAAGGGGCAGACUAUAUGGACUGUUUAUACAGGUACCUCAACACACAGUUUAUUAAGAAGAACAAAUUGACUGAAGCUGAUCUUCAGUAUGGUUAUGGAGGGGUGGAUAUGAAUGAACCGUUGAUGGAAAUAGGAGAGCUAGCUCUUGAUAUGUGGAGAAAAUUAAUGAUUGAGCCACUGCAGACCAUCCUUAUUCGUAUGCUCCUCCGAGAAAUAAAAAACCCAAGCACUCCUCCUACAAGGCAAGCUGAAUAUCAACUUACGCAUUUUUGUUUCAACACAACAGGAAGCCGACAAGAUCUCGAAUUUGAUCGCUGUGGAGAAGACCCAAACCAGAAAGUAAUCCAUGGGGUUAUUAACUCCUUUGUUCAUGUUGAACAGUAUAAGAAAAAAUUCCCCCUAAAGUUUUAUCAGGAAAUUUUUGAGUGUCCUUUUCUGAAUGAAACAGGGGAGUAUUAUAAACAAGAAGCUUCAAAUUUAUUGCAAGAGUCAAAUUGCUCACAAUACAUGGAAAAGGUUUUAGGUAGAUUAAAAGAUGAAGAAAUGCGGUGUCGGAAAUACUUGCAUCCCAGCUCAUAUGGCAAAGUGAUUCAUGAAUGCCAACAGAGAAUGGUAGCUGAUCACUUGCAGUUUCUACAUGCAGAAUGUCACAAUAUUAUCAGACAAGAGAAAAGAAGUGACAUGGCAAAUAUGUAUACUCUACUUCGUGCUGUGUCAAGUGGUUUACCUCAUAUGAUUCAGGAACUACAAAACCAUAUCCAUGAUGAGGGCCUUAGAGCAACCAGCAAUCUUUCUCAGGAAAAUAUGCCAACUCAGUUUGUGGAGUCAGUUUUGGAAGUACACAGUAAAUUCGUUCAACUCAUCAACACUGUUUUGAAUGGUGAUCAACACUUUAUGAGUGCACUUGACAAGGCUUUGACAUCAGUAGUUAACUAUAGGGAGCCCAAGUCAAUCUGCAAAGCACCUGAGUUGCUGGCCAAGUACUGUGACAACUUGUUGAAGAAAUCAGCAAAAGGAAUGACAGAGAAUGAAGUAGAAGACAAACUUACGAGUUUCAUUACUGUUUUCAAAUACAUUGAUGACAAAGAUGUGUUCCAAAAGUUCUAUGCCAGAAUGUUGGCAAAAAGAUUAAUUCAUGGUUUGUCUAUGUCUAUGGAUUCUGAAGAGGCCAUGAUUAAUAAACUAAAGCAAGCCUGUGGUUAUGAAUUUACCAGCAAGCUCCAUCGAAUGUAUACAGACAUGAGUGUUAGUGCUGAUCUCAACAAUAAAUUCAACAACUUUAUCAAAAACCAGGACACGAUUAUAGAUUUGGGAAUUAGUUUUCAGAUAUACGUUCUACAGGCUGGUGCGUGGCCUCUAACUCAGGCUCCUUCUUCUACAUUUGCAAUUCCUCAGGAACUGGAAAAAAGUGUACAGAUGUUUGAAUUAUUUUACAGUCAGCAUUUUAGUGGAAGGAAGCUUACUUGGUUACAUUAUCUUUGUACAGGUGAAGUAAAAAUGAAUUAUUUGUGCAAACCUUAUGUAGCCAUGGUCACAACAUACCAAAUGGCAGUGUUGCUUGCCUUCAACAACAGUGAAACUGUCAGUUACAAGGAGCUUCAGGAUAGUACACAAAUGAAUGAGAAGGAACUGACAAAAACCAUCAAAUCCUUACUUGAUGUCAAAAUGAUCAACCAUGAUUCAGACAAGGAAGAUAUAGAGGUAGAGUCUACGUUUUCAUUAAAUAUGAACUUCAGCAGUAAAAGAACAAAAUUUAAAAUUACUACGUCAAUGCAGAAAGACACGCCACAGGAGAUGGAGCAGACCAGAAGUGCUGUAGAUGAAGACAGAAAAAUGUAUCUCCAAGCUGCUAUAGUCCGUAUCAUGAAAGCACGUAAAGUGUUGCGACAUAAUGCUCUUAUUCAGGAGGUAAUUAGCCAAUCAAGAGCUAGAUUUAAUCCAAGUAUCAGCAUGAUUAAGAAGUGUAUUGAAGUUCUGAUAGACAAACAGUACAUAGAGCGAAGCCAGGCCUCUGCAGAUGAAUACAGUUAUGUAGCGUGAUGUUGCUAUCCUGCAGGUAUGAUUGUAAGGAGAUCAUUGCUGUCACUGUUUGGUGUGUUCCUGUGGGAAGAGGCAGGCCUGUGCCUCCAUAAUUGGUCACUUGGCAGCCCCUGUUUUUCUGCUGUUUACAACAUCACCAGUGCCACGUCAUGAGCGUCAAUGAAAAUGCCUAUAGAUAUUUCAAGCUCAUGUCAUUAUGACAUUUCUUAAAACUUUACUAAAAGAACGAGUGAAGUAUUGCUGAAAUGUGGAAAAUUGGUUGGGUACCAUGCUUUUUUUUUUCUUCCCCCUUCACGUUUGCAGUUGAUGUUUUUUAAUGUAUCUUAAGACAAAGUUAAAAAAAAAAAAACAAAAACACAAAAAAAACACAAAACCCAAAAAAACCAAAAAAAAACAACCUAAAUAUUGUAAUAUGACAGAUAACCUAAUAAUUGUAUCUACAUUAAAAUGUAAAAAAAAUGACAGACAUGAUACUGCUGCUUGUCAAAUAAAAAAAUAAAGUUA